CGCAUGUGCGAGGCGAACCACAUUAUCCGUUGGGCUCCUGGGCGACGGAUUCAUUCAAGUUCCGUCCGAGCGCGGGUAAAGAACAUGGAGAAGGAGCUGCACGAAUUCUUUGGGGAUUGCCGGAAACAGGAGUUUAGUGCCAAGGAAAUGCGCACCAUAUGCCAACCUCUGAUCUGGCAGAUACGCUUGGCCAAAGUCCAACGAUGGCUGCUCCUUUUGCUACCACUGUUUUUGGUUUUUUUGCUUUGGUUGUACUGCGACACCUUCGCCUGGUGGGCGAGUGCUUUCGGGAGACUACUGCUGGUGCAUGUGCUGCCCUUCUGGGACUGGACACCACACUACAAUGGAAAGUGCCUGAUCCCGCGUGGCGAGCAGCGUGUGGUGACGCAGGCUCCAGCUCUGGGAAGGCAUGAGACUCUGUGGGAGAACUGCGUGCUAUGCGAGUCGCUGGAGGGCAUAGCCACCGCAUCCAAUGUUAGCUACUCAAUGCUGGAGUCGCAGUUCCUGGAACGCGGCCUACCCGUCAUUGUCACCGAUAUCAAUCUGACAACGGAUCUGGAUAGCCUGCUGUGGCUCAUGGACGACAAGGCGCCAGAGGUGAUCUCCAGCGAGGCCUGCGACGUGUCCAGUAAUCUCCUGCUGCGAAAGCUCUUCAGCGUAGAUGCGGCUCUGCAGAAGAUUCGCUCCCUCCAGGCCCAGCCAUCGACUGCCUGGCAUCUCCAGCUGCGCAACUGCCAGUGGAGGGCGGUGAAGGCGUCGCGGCUCUUCCUAGAGCGACCGUACUUCUAUCCCUUGCACCUGGAACCCUACUACUCCAGCUGGCUGCUGAUAUCGCACCAGCAGGGGCGCCCCCAGGCGGAGAUCGACGUGCGUGGCCUGGUCUUUGUUCAGCAGUUAAGCGGACACUUUGAGCUGGAGCUCCGACCCAAGGAGCCCUGUGAUGACGGCCAGUGUCCCAGUCUAAUGAUGCGCCUCGAUGCAGGCGAGGGUUUGCUCUUCUCCACAGACUUGUGGCGCCUCAGCUAUGGUCUGCAGAAGCCCGACCCAAAGCAGAGUUCGAUUGCCAGUAUUUUCGAGGUGGACUGGCAGUUAUAGAUACAAAUACUACUACAACUAUAAGAUAGCACUGGAGUUAUGUUACAGCUUUUAUGGCCAAAUUAAAUUAUUUCCAUCGUUA